AUGAGAAGCGUCAGCGAGGCUAGUUCAACAACUGACUGCGGAACACCAAUAUCUGAAAGAAGACCUCAUAGUGAGCCCUUACCAAGCGAUAGAAAUAGUAUGAGCUACGAAUCUGACGUUUGGGAAGAGGACAAAAGGAUUCAUCAGCUUGACGCAGCAAAGAAAGGGAAAGGGCGCGGCUUAGUAGAAAUCAUAGAACCGAAUUGGCAAGCUAUUAUAUAA